AUGCCUCUGGACACAAUAUAUCUCGUUCGCCAUGGAAAUCGUAACAAUUGGGAAAUCGAUUUCGACAAAAAGCAAUAUAUUCCAGAAUUCCCUACUCCAACCGGCAAUGGCGCAGACCCAACCUUGAAUUCAAGCGGUGUCCAGCAAUCCUAUGAGCUCGCAUCGCAUAUUAGUAGCCCUAGCUUCACACCAAAGCCAUUUCGGAUCUAUUCCAGCCCGUUCUAUCGAUGCAUACAGACAAUUCAACCCACUGUGGAGGAGUUGGCGAAGAAGAAGCAGUUAGGCGAGAUAGAUCUUGACAUUGGAACAGAUCUCAACGUUCGAGUUGAGAAUGGAUUAGGUGAAUGGUUCGGAGGCAUCAUAUUUGAGCCUCCAGCUCCCGUUUCAGCAAAUGUUCUGUACACCCAUUUCCCAACAUGCCUUGCCACAAAUCCUGAGAGUCUCUACAAACCAUUCGUGAUUCCACCGCGAUGUGGUGAGACUCUCGCACAGCUCCAUGACCGAGUCGCAGCCACUCUUGCGUCCAUCAUAGCCCAAGCUGACGCUGAAAUCGCGGCAGCAGAAGCGGGACAAGUAACAGAUUCACCCCGCACCAGCAAAGCCAUAUUGAUCUCCUCCCACGCGGCACCGCUUAUUGCCAUGGGCCGCGCGUUAACAGGGUGCAUGCCGACAGAGUUUGGGGAGAAAGAUUUCAAUGUCUUCACGGCGGGAUUGAGCACAUUCAUUCGGAGAAAGCCGGUUUCGGAAGAUGACCAAAUUGUGUUAGGUGCAGUGCCUGAUUGGAAGAAUGGGAAGGGAGUUGGAGGGGACUGGGAAUGUGUGAAAAAUAGCGACACAAAUUUCUUGAGCGGCGGUGCCGAGAGUGGUUGGCACUUUGAAGGCGAGGCGUCGUUUGAUACGUCGACUACUAUGGCCAAAACUGCGGACAGUGACACUUGUGUGAUUGCUACAGCUACAGCUGUUGUCUAG